AUGCGCAUCCCCUACACCCCGGACCCGCCGACGACGACGGACCCCUCGGAGCUCGAGGUGAUCGAGCGGGUGAGGGCGCGCCGGCACCCGAGGCCCCUGCAGCCGCUGGACCUGGCGCUGCUGCACGCGCCGCCGGUGGCGGACGGCUGGAACGCGUUCCUGGGGGCGGUGCGGACGCGGACGACGAUCCCGGCGGCGGUGCGCGAGGUGGCCAUCUCGCGCGUGGCCGUGUGCAACCGCGCCUGGUACGAGUGGGCGCACCACGCGCCGCUGGCGGUGGAGGCGGGCGUGCCGGAGGCGGCCAUGGAGCUGGUGCGGGCGGAGCCGCUGGAGGGUGUGACGCCCGCCGCGCGCAGGGAGGCCGGGCUCGGCGACAGGGAGUGGGCGGCGCUCAGGCUCGCGGACGAGAUGACGCGCCAUGUCAGCGUGCGGGACGAGACGUUCGCGGAGGUCCGCGAGCACUUUGACGAGCGCGAGGUCGUCGAGCUGGUCGCGACGGUGAGCUGUUAUAACUGUGUCAGCCGGUUUUUGGUCGCGCUUGACGUUGGCGAGAGGAAUGGCACUGGCCCUGAUGCUGGACACCAUUGA